CAAGUCUAUUCAAGAUGGCAACCUCGAUAGUGAGAAACGUGUGCACUUGCGCCAGAAAUUUCAGACGAAUUUCUGGACUUUUGGUUACAAGAAAACCCGUAAUUACAACGGAAUUAGGUGUACGUCAUCAUGCUCGUUGGUUUGCACCAUACCUUCAUGCUCUGCGCAGACAGAUUAAUUCCAUCAAGAGUAGAUAUGGGCCAGAGGAACAAAAGCCAAGAUCACACCAGGAAAACUGGGAUUAUGAGAGUGAGCUGUACGCAUUCGGCAAACGCCUUGGGGAGGAUUUCAACGACGCAACCCUGAGGGUGGCACUGACAGAUAGAAGCUAUUUAGAGAUGGAGGAGGCAAGGAGAGAAGAGAUGGGACUGACCGGAGACUCAGCCAAACUGGAGAUGAGCGACAAUAAGGAACUCGCUCAAACAGGUCUGGUUUUUAUCUCUGACUACAUCAAGUCCUACUUGAGGCAUGUCUACCCAAGGCUACCUGAAGAUGGAAUCAGUGCAAUCCAUGAAUUCCUAGCGAGACAUGAAGUAUUUGAGCAUAUUGGACGGAACCUUGGCCUGAGAGACGCCAUUCUUUGUGCUGCUUUCCCCAUACCUAUGGAAGUUACAAGCACAGCACUUCAGGCAGUGGUGGGAGCCAUCGUACAUGACUCUGGAGCAGAGAAGGCUGGCUUGUUCGUCCGUGACUUUGUGAUAUCACAGCUAGUGGACAAAGAUCUGAAUGAGUUAUGGCACAUCGGCAAUCCAAUGGGAAUACUCGCUGAUAUAAUAGAGUCAGAAGGAAGGGCGCCCCCAGAGGCCAGGUUACUUCGUCAGACCGGUUCCUCAACCAUCAUGCCACUGUACAUGGUUGGCGUCUACAGCGACAAGAAACUUCUUGGAUGGGGUCCUGGUGAAACCUUGGCCAUUGCGGAGGAAGAAGCAGCACGUGCUGCUCUUAAACACAUCUUUGGAACAACCGAGAAUAGACCUCCUCUUCCCCUUGACUCGACAAAGCAUGCUCACCUAAAUGAAGUUGUCUGUGCCGAGGUCACGAGUGCGAGAUUAACCAGCCAGGCUUCAUUCUCUAGUUGAGGUUGUUAAUUUAAGCUUAAGG